GUUUUCAAUCCAUUUGAGACUGAUCCAUCUGCCAGGGAUUUCUCUUCCUUUUUUUCUGGAGCAGGAAUGCACACUGCUUGCCAAGGCACUGAUUUGGUGGGUGGAGAAAGAUUGCAGCCUGUAAAAAUGUACUUUGUUUGAGUAAGAAUGCACUUCCUGAACCUUGGUUCUCACAGAUUGAAACUAGCACUUCCUCAAAGCAGAGACAUUUACACAAGUAAGUCCCUCUAUGUUCGGUGGAGCCUAUUCCCUGAUAAAUGGACAGAGGAUUACAGCCCAAAUACACUGUUUUGAAAUCAGAUUUUACCCAUAAAAGUGAGAGUGGAAGUCCAAUUUAAGAUCUACUUCUAUGAUGAACGAAAUUGACUCAUCCAUAAUAUGCUCAAACAACACUGCUUGUUCUUUUUGUGACUCCCACCCCUACACAAAAGGCGAUUUGGAAUCAGCCAUGGCUAUGAGGAGCUUGCUGUCUGAUCACAGCCACUAUGUUGAAUCUUUUCGUCUGUUCCUUGAAAAUUCAACAGAGCAUCAGUGCAUGCUGGAGUUCAUUCAGAAGAAUCUGCCAGACAUAAUAUCCAGUAUAGGUAAUGGAAAGUCCACAAUAAAUGUUUUAAGUGUUGGAGGUGGUUCAGGAGAAAUUGAUCUUCAAAUUCUUGCAAAAGUACAGGCCAAAUAUCCCGGAGCUGUCAUUCAUAAUGAUGUGAUAGAACCAAGUGCUGAACAAAUAAUGCACUACCAGGAACGUGUUGCAAAGACAUCAAGCCUUGAGAACAUAAAGUUUACUUGGCACAAAGAGACUUCACUGGAAUAUGAAGGUCGGAUGAAGGCAAGUAAAGAGAUGAAGAAGUGGAAUUUUAUCCACAUGAUCCAGAUGCUGUAUUAUGUAAAAGACAUCCCAGCCACAAUUAAAUUCUUUCACAGUCUCUUAGAACCUGGAGCAAAACUACUUAUUAUCCUUGUUUCAGGAACCAGUGGCUGGGCCAAACUUUGGAAGAAAUAUGGUCCUCAUUUACCUCUGAAUGAUCUUUGCUUGUAUGUUUCUUCUGCUGACAUCCAAGAGAUACUUCAUGAAGCUGGACUGAGAUACCAGUCCUAUGAGCUUCCAUCUCAUAUGGACAUAACAGAUUGCUUUACUGAAGGAAACAAAAAUGGAGAGUUGUUGCUUGAUUUUUUGACUGAAACGUGUAACUUUAGCAAAACUGCCCCUCUUGACCUCAAAAAUGAAAUUGUGGAGGAUCUUAAGAAACCUGAAUAUAGUGAAAAGAAAAGUGGCAAGUAUUUAUUUAAUAAUAACCUGAGUGCAAUUGUAAUUGAAUCCUAAAUACAGUAGGUUUGUCUGGAUUUCUCCAGAAUGAACCCUUCACAAAGUGAAUCUUCAUAUAACUCAUUAAAUAUCUGAAGGAGACAUAUACAUGCGCACAGGGUACAACAAUUUCUUGCUUUUUAUACCGGUUAUAAACAUUAUCAUGUAUUCAUAGUAUUGUGUCUUGAUAGUUUACUAACAGAAGAAUCCACAACUUGCUGAGUUUCACAUUGUCUUUAUGCUUGUUUACCGGCUCUUGGAUACUAGAUAUGGUAUCUGGGGAUCAUUAAUCAUAACUUGAAAAAUCACAGGUCUGCAGGCCUCUGAUUGAUGGAGAAGGUGCUGCAACGACCUUGAGAAGAAGAAUCCUUCAUAGCUGUUUUAAUAGUCCUUAUGCUUUAUAAGCUCUGCUCGUACCCAAGUAGCAAAAAAGGUUUCAAAAGGUGGGAUUUUAAAACUCACUGGGAUAUGUGUGUGUAUAGGGAAUUAUAUUUUUGGAAUUCUUCUUUCAGGAUUGGAGUAGACUUAGGUGGCAUGAGAGACCAUUUUUACCAUUGAAGAACUUUCCCCUUAUUGGGGAAAGUAUUUAAAUAUGGUUAAGCUAGAAAAAAGAGCUUUUUCUCUCCUCCUGAACAGAACACUGUAAUUAUGUGCCAAUUUGCAUGCCCUGCCCUUCAGUGGUAGGUGACAUUUCCUACGGAGGUGACAUUUUCUAUCUUGGAAAUUCGCAGACAGGGACACUCAAGGGAGGAUAAGAGCAAGGUAUAAUUCUAUAAUAUAAUAAACAUCAAUUCAGAAAGUUGAUCCUGGUAUAGUGGAGGGGAUGAUUAACCCAUUCCUUUGGUUACUUCUUAUACAUUUUCCCACUGAAACUCCCAUGUUUAAUGCCCAUGAAUGAGAAGGAAGAAGCACAUCCUAUACAAAACCUUGGAUAAUAUAACAGCUUGGAAGUAACAGGGUGAUGUUGUUACCCUAUAAUGAGCUUUUUAAAGAUGGGGGCCACAGUAUUACAUUUCAAAAGUAAUAGUGAAUGGGAAUAGCACACAAAAUGUUUAUUUUUGUUUUAAUGCAUUAUGUUUUGUAUGUAUUUGGUUCCAGGUAUUUUAAAAAGGCAUUUAUGUUUCGCAUUUGGAAUGGUACUUGUCACAUUAUUCCACUUUUAAAAAGGAAAGAACAGUAACGAAAAUGAACAAGUUAUCAAAUGAUUAAAAGAAUUAAAAAUAACAUAUCCUGAAUAAUAUGAGAAUCCAGUAGUAACAGAGCAAUGGAAUGAGUUACUUUUUGGUUGUAGAAAUUGUGAUAAAUUCCUUCUGUGAGAAUUUCAUAGUGAAGCGUGUAGCACAUUUCUUUUAACUAGUAACUGUCUAUCUAAGCCAGUGGUUCUCAACCUAUGGGUCCCCAGAUGUUUUGGCCUUCAACUCCCAGAAAUCCCAACAGCUGGUAAACUGGUUGGGAUUUCUGGGAUUUGUAGGCCAAAACACCUGGGGACCCACAGGUUGAGAACCGCUGAUCUAAGCACUUGACAAUGGCCUAAAUUUCCAUGCAUGAUCUCAAUGGCGAAUUGUCAUCUAUCAGUAAAAUCAGGAGCGGAGAAGCUAAAUUUUUAUGCCCACUUAGUCCACCACCCCAUAAACAAACAAACAAAAAAUCUGUUCUAGGGUGCUAGGAAAUCCUCAUUAAUCAGAUAUUGUUUGGCAAGGAAAACAUUUUGUUGGGUUAAGAUUAAAAAUAUUACAGUAUGAAACUACACUACUGUAGUGUUUACCAUUUCCAGCCCCUGCAAUCUUAACCCUGUGCUCAAGUGAGAAGUGUCGAGACAGGGAAAAGUGUUUCACAGUCUCCUUUCUUUGUUGUCUACAAAAUCAAGAUUUGCAUGUUUUAUUUUGCCCAUGACCUAAAAUCUUUCCAAAUGUUUUUUUGAAAGGAAAAAGACAGGAUGAUGGCUUCUCUAUAGUCACUUGAUUGACUAAUAUAGGGUAGUUAAAGCUACGGCUCAUCUACUCCAUUUCUCAAAAUGAAGCAUGUGUUGUUCAGAUCAGUGUAUAGCAAAAGGAUGUGAUUUAAGAUGAUCCCUUGGCAAUGACAUUCACAGUUUUUGCACAGGCAAAAUGGCAUUAGUGCUUCCUGUCAGCUUUCCAAAUGUCGGAAGAAGCAGAUUAAUGUAUGUGUUUUGAACAAUGUGCGACUUAAAAGGUAUGGACUACAUUCUUUCUGUUAAUGUGUUGCAUUUUGGAUCAUAGUAUUGUUGACAAACACAAUCCACAGUGGGAUAAAAUAAAAACUGCCUGUUAUUCAGCA